GUUGGAACCCAUGUAGCCCAUCCAUGCUGCUGCUGCUGAUGAUGAUGAUGAUGAUGAUGAUGAUGAUGAUGAUGAUGAUGAUGAUGAUGAUGAUGAUGAUGAUGAUGAUGAUGAUGAUGAUGAUGAUGAUGAUGAUGAUGAUGAUGAUGAUGAUGAUGAUGAUGAUGAUGAUGAUGAUGAUGAUGAUGAUGAUGCUCCCUGCUGCGGCUGCUGCUGCUGCUCUGUCUAACCUCUUUAUGCUGGACACUG